AGGCAAAGUGUUUGACAUGCAGGCCACCAUUUGAUGCCCCCUGGUGCUAAAGUGUGUGUGUUGUUGCUUUGUCAAGGUCAAUUAUUAAACGCCGGGGUGACGUUUUGGCAAAAAUGCCCCUGGGCUCUCGCAAAUUCCCCAGAAACGACAUUAAAAGACACGAUUUGAUCGGUUCCAAUUAAGACAAUUCAUCAUUUUGCUCGUCAGACCGGCAGGUGAAGCCUCGUCUCCUCCUUUCUUCCACCUCCACCUCUCCCUCAAAGCCAUCCUCCAGCCUGGUACGCAACAGCAGAAGCAGCAAAUCAUAGAAGAUGUCCUCCUCAUGUUAAUGUCCACUAGUGUUCUUUCUUCAGUGGGACACCUUGAUCACCCACUGGUGAUAAAACAAAAGAGGAUCCUGUGAGGCUCAUCUGCUCAUCCUCCACCCACCCCUGCGUGCACCUUUAAGGCGAUGGGAGGAAGCAGCCGCAGAGAGGAAGGCGAUGGUUUGGUUUAUCCCGCACUUGUGUGAGGCAGGCCAGGUCGUAGUGCGCAGUUUGUGUGUGCGGGCUUCUGUGGAGGGAAGAUGCGUGUGCUUGUUGCUCGCCGGAUGGAGAGAGGUGGAGAAGACAGAAUGACUUCCCAGCUCAGCUAACAAUCAUCGCCGUGCGCACUUUUACGCAUAUUUUGCCCCAUCCUCCCGCGUUUACUCCUUUCACUGCGAUUCCUUAUUUUUUUUAAAUAGGAUUUUGAAGCCUUUUACGUUUUUCUUUCUUUUUUUGGGAUUGCCGGAUCAGCCACUUUCUUCUAUGAGCCUCCACAGUCUGCGUCAGCGGAACCUCUCACCUGGACCGGGGCGCACAGAGCCGAGCUCCCUCAUGUUCAAGGCCGGGCGGAGGUCCGACACGGGCGGACGGCAGCGCUGCUGAGGCCCCGCGUGGGUCCCCAUCCGCUGGCACUUCCACGCAGUACUUGUGGAUCUUCUCCAGAACACACACCGUCUCGCGCUGCAGCAACACACAAGCGAGCUGCAGGAAGAAGACCCGAACCUCCUCCUCUUCAUCUUCUCCUCAGGAUUGAGAGAGAAAGAGAGACAUAUAUCUUCAUGCGUCCACCUCGUUUGCUUGCAAAUGACUUGUUGAAGAAAUAAAAGGAAUUGAAGAAGAAAGAGUGUGUGGAGAGAAGCAGAAAAAGCCUAAGCUUGGAUAUAGAAAGGAGCGGGGCAUGUGGAUAUUGGCUCUUAUCUUUUCCCAGUGCAUCUUGAAUGUUCUCUGUGAAGAUCUACGUUCCAGCUUAUAUUUUGUCAAUGCAUCUGUGCAAGAGGUAGUGUUUGCCAGCACCACAGGGACGUCGGUGCCCUGUCCCGCUGCAGGCGUUCCACCUGUCUCACUGCGCUGGUAUCUGGCCACCGGUGAGGAGAUCUAUGAUGUGCCAGGGAUUCGCCAUGUGCACUCCAAUGGCACCCUUCAGAUCUUCCACAUCCCCCCUUCCAGCUUCAGCAAACUCAUCCACGAUAACACCUACUAUUGCACAGCGGAGAACCCCUCAGGGAGAAUCAGGAGCCAAGAUGUCCACAUUAAGGCUGUCCUACGAGAACCCUACACUGUUCGGGUGGAGGACCAGAAAGCCAUGAGAGGCAAUGUGGUGGUCUUCAAGUGCAUUAUCCCUGCCUCAGUGGAGGCCUACAUCACUGUUGUGUCCUGGGAGAAAGACACAAUGUCAAUCAACGCUGAAAUGUCGCGGUUUCUUAUCACAUCCACGGGAGCCCUUUAUAUCUUAGAUGUCCAAAUGGAGGAUGGACUGUACAACUAUAGGUGCAUGACACGCCAUCGCUACACAGGAGAGACCCGACAAAGCAAUAGUGCCCGCCUCAUUGUCUCAGAUCCAACAAACUCAGCGCCACACAUCCUGGACAGCUUUGAACGUCGUGAGGUAAUGGCUUCUCACCGAGUGGAAUUGCCAUGCAAGGCCUCAGGUCACCCAGCGCCCAAGUACCGCUGGCUGAAGGACAACCGACCCCUGGAGCCCGACACACGUUACCGACAGAGUGUGACAGGGCUGCUCAUAGAGAGGACCCAACCCAGCGACACGGGCACGUAUGUGUGUGAGGUGUGGAACAGCUACGGCAAUGCUGAGGUGGUUGGCAGGCUGCAGGUGAAAGAGACCCUGAACGUCGUGGUGAGCCCUCGAAAGGUGAAGGGCAGUGUCGGCAGCCAAGUUUCACUCUCCUGCGGCGUAACUGGCUCUGAAGAGUACCAGUUGUCUUGGUACCGCAACGGCGAGCUCAUCUACCCAAGUAACAGUGUCCGGAUGACAGGUCAAAACAGGGAAAACCUCGUUAUGGCUGGGAUGGCCAAAAGUGAUGGGGGAGCAUAUCAGUGCUUCGCCAGACAUGGGAAGAUGUCGGCUCAGGACUUUGUCCAGGUCAUAUUAGAAGACGGUACACCAAAGAUUCUGGCAUCAUUUAGCGAAAAGGUCUACAACAUCAAUGAGUUUGUAUCGCUGUCAUGCACGGUGAAGGGCACGCCGGAGCCCCGGGUGACCUGGACGCUUGAUGACGAGCCAGUAAUACGGGAUAGCCGCCAUCGAAUUUCCUACUACACCAACACUGAAGGUCACGUGGUCAGCCACCUCAACAUCAGCCAGACCCAGGUCCCGGAUGGAGGGGUUUACCGCUGCAUCUGCAACAACUCAGCUGGGGCCAUUUCCUACCAGGCGCGAAUAAACGUAAGAGGGCCUGCCAGCAUCAGACCAAUGAAAAACCUCACUGCUAUCGCUGGGCGGGACAUGUACAUCCACUGUCGCGUCAUCGGCUACCCGUACUACUCCAUCAAGUGGUACAAGGACUCCAAUUUGCUGCCGUACAACCACCGACAGCGGGCCUUUGAGAACAAUGGCACCCUGAAGCUCUUUGAUGUGCAGAAGGACGUGGAUGAAGGAGAAUACACGUGCAACGUGCUCGUGCAGCCCCAGCUGUCCACACACCAGAGUGUCUAUGUCACUGUGAAAGUCCCACCGACCAUCCACCCCUUUGAGUUCCCUCGGUUUUCCAUUGGCCAGAGAGUCUUCAUCCCCUGUGUGGUUAUGUCUGGUGACCAACCAGUCUUCAUCACCUGGCAGAAGGACGGUCGGCCAAUACCAGCCAGCCUCGGCGUCACGAUUGACAACAUAGACUUUACCAGCUCUCUGCGCAUCUCCAAUCUCACGCUCAUGCACAACGGCAACUACACAUGCAUUGCACGCAACCAAGCUGCAGCUGUGGAGCAUCAGAGUCAGCUCAUCGUCCGAGUUCCUCCCAAAUUUGUGGUGCAACCAAAGGACCAGGAUGGCAUCUAUGGGAAAGCUGUGAUUCUGAACUGCUCAGCCGAGGGCUAUCCUGUUCCUACCAUCCAAUGGGAGUACUCCAAAGGUGCGGGGGUCCCCCAGUUCAAACCAAUUGCCCUCAACUCAGGCUUUCGCAUCGAGGUGCUGGUCAACGGCUCGCUACUCAUCAAACAUGUGCUGGAAGAAGACAGUGGCUUCUAUCUUUGUCGAGUCAGCAACGACGUCGGGGCUGAUGUCAGCAAGUCCAUGUAUCUUAAUGUUAAAAUUCCCGCCAUGAUCACAUCCUACCCCAACACCACGCUGGCCACACAAGGUGAAGAGAAGAAAAUGAGCUGCACGGCCCACGGUGAGAAGCCCAUCAUGGUACGGUGGGAGAAAGAGGAACGGAUCAUCAACCCUGAGACCAGCCGCUACGUCGUUACAGUCAAGGAGGUGGGAGAUGAAGUCAUCUCCACCCUGCAGAUCAUGCCCACAGUAAGAGAGGACUCUGGAUUUUUCUCCUGCCAUGCCAUCAACUCCUUCGGUGAAGACAGAGGGAUCAUCCAGCUCACAGUACAAGAGCCCCCAGAUCCGCCAGAAGUGGAGAUCAGAGAAGUGAAAGACAGAACCAUCGCCCUGCGUUGGACAAUGGGAUUUGACGGCAACAGCCCUAUCACAGGCUUUGAUAUUGAAAGCAAGAACAAAUCAGCCUCCUGGGACACCGCUCAGAAGACCAAAGAUGUCUCACCUCAGCUCAACCAGGCCACCAUCAUCGACCUACACCCCUCCUCCACCUACAACAUCCGCAUGUUUGCCAAGAACCUCAUCGGAAAGAGUGAGGCCAGCAAUGAGCUCACCAUCACCACUGAUGAAGCAGCUCCUGACGGACCUCCUCAGGACGUGCAGCUGGAAGCGCUCUCUUCUCAGAGCAUCAGAGUUUCCUGGAGGGCACCCAAGAAGCACCUCCAGAACGGAGCAAUCAGAGGCUACCAGGUGGGCUACAGGGAAUAUAGCUCAGGUGGAAACUACCAGUUCAGCGUAAUCAGUGUGGAAACAACAGGGGACAAUGCAGAAAGCCUGGUACUGGACAACCUCAAGAAGUUCACCCAGUACGGGGUCGUGGUGCAGGCCAGCAACAGCGCAGGGACCGGGCCGUCCUCUACAGAAGUAGCAGCCACCACCCUGGAGGAUGUUCCCAGUCGUCCUCCGGAGAACGUCCAAGCCAUGGCUACAUUUCCAGAGGUCAUCUCCCUGUCCUGGCUGACCCCUCCUAAAGAUGCACUGAAUGGCAACCUUCUGGGUUUCAGGGUUAUCUACUGGGCCAACCUGCCUGAUGGAGAGCUUGGAGAGAUCAGUAAUGUGACGACUUCCAAGCCCUCGCUGGAGCUGGAUGGCCUGGAGAAAUACACCAACUACAGCAUCCAGGUUUUGGCCUUCACCCGAGCAGGCGACGGUGUUCGCAGCGAACAGAUUUAUAUCCGCACCAAGGAGGAUGUUCCUGGUCCUCCUGGCGGUGUGAAGGCAGCAGCCGCUUCCAACUCAGUGGUGUUUGUGUCCUGGCUUCCUCCUGUCAAAGUGAACGGCAUCAUCAGGAAAUACACGGUUUUCUGCUCCAAUCCACAUCCCACGGUCAGCAGUGAGUUUGAGGCAGCCCCGGAUGUGUUCUUCUACCGGAUCCCCAACCUGAGCCGGAACCGACAAUACAGCAUUUGGGUGGUUGCUGUCACAGCUGCAGGCCGGGGAAAUGCCAGCGAGAUCAUCACCGUUAAACCCAUGGCGGAAGCUCCAGCAUGCAUCUUGACCUUCAACAGGACAGUCACGACACCCUGGAUGAGAGACAUUGUGCUACCUUGCAAGGCAGUGGGUGAUCCUUCUCCAACAAUCAAAUGGUUGAAGGAGAUCAAUGGAACCCCUACACCCGUCGUGAUUGACAGUCGGCGCAGUGUUCAUGGUAACGGCAGCCUUGUUAUUCGCACAGUGAAAGCAGAGGACUCGGGGAACUACACUUGUGUGGCCAGUAAUAGCUUUGGCUCCGAUAAGAUCGUCCUCAACCUGCAGGUUCAAGUUCCACCGGACCAGCCUCGUCUCACAGUGACCAAGACCACCACAACUUCCAUCACGCUGUCCUGGAUACCUGGAGACAACGGUGGCAGCUCCAUUAGAGGCUACAUUUUACAAUAUUCAGAGGACAACAGUGAACAGUGGGGAAACUUCGCCAUCAGUCCAAGUGAGCGGGCCUAUCGGCUGGAGAACCUCAAGUGUGGCACCUGGUACAAGUUCACACUCACAGCCCAGAAUGCUGUGGGCCCCGGGCGCAUCAGCGAAAUCAUUGAAGCAAAGACCCAUGGGAAAGAACCUCAGUACUCCAAAGAACAGGAGCUCUUCACCAGCAUCAAUGCCACCCGCGUGAAGCUCAACCUGAGCGGCUGGAACAACGGUGGAUGCCCGAUCACCUCCUUCACACUGGAGUAUCGACCCAUGGACUCGCCUUCAUGGACCACAGCACAGCGCACCUCCCUCACCAAGAACUACAUCCUGCACGACCUGCAGGAGGCCACCUGGUACGAGCUGCAGAUGAAAAUCUACAACAGCGCCGGCUACGCUGAAAAGAGGAUCAAGUUUGCAACGCUCAGCUAUGACGGCAGUACCAUUGCCCCGCUAGUUAAAGCACCCAACGUGAGCGAGGACACCUCCGGUGGCGGUGAAGGUUUGAAGAUGAUGGUGACCAUUUCCUGUGUGUUGGUGGGAAUUGUCGUCAUCUUCAUCAGCCUGCUGGUACUGCGGAGGAGGAGGCGUGAGCAGCGGCUGAAGAGACUACGAGAUGCAAAAAGCUUGGCUGAGAUGCUCAUGAGUAAAAACACACGCCCAGCGGAGCCAGUCAACAAGCAGCAGCAAACACUCCGAAUGCACAUCGACAUUCCCAGAGCUCAGCUUCUCAUCGAGGAGAGAGACACCAUGGAGACUGUUGACGACAGGUCCACUGUGUUACUGACUGAUAACGACUUUGGGGAAACCCAGAAACAGAAGUCAUCCACAGUCACCCACACAGUCCACUACCAGUCCCUCUCCCAGGCCACCGGUCCUCUGGUAGACGUGUCUGAUGCCAGACCAGGAACCAGUAAGUCCAACCCGACUGCCCGCCGCACAGCCAAAGCUGGCCCGGCUGCUCGCAAUCGCUACGCCAGCCAGUGGACCCUGAACCGCCCACAUCCCCCCGUCUCUUCCCACACGCUAAGCACUGACUGGAGGCUGCCCACGCCCCGAGUCGCAGGCUCUGUUGACAAGGAGAGUGACAGCUACAGCGUCAGCCCAUCUCAGGAUACAGACCGCGCGCGCAGCAGUAUGGUGUCAACGGAAAGCGCCUCGUCCACUUACGAAGAGCUCGCCCGAGCCUACGAGCACGCCAAGAUGGAGGAGCAGCUGCGCCACGCCAAGUUCACCAUCACCGAAUGCUUCAUCUCUGACACCUCCUCAGAGCAGAUGACCGCCGGCACCAACGACUACACCGACAGCCUGACCUCCAGCACGCCGUCCGAAUCGGGCAUCUGCCGCUUCACUGCUUCCCCGCCCAAGCCUCAGGACGUCAGUCGGGUCAUGAACAUGGCUGUGCCCAAGGCCCACAGACCGGGGGGCGAGUUGGUUCACCUUCCUCCGUACCUGCGCAUGGACUUCCUGCUAAAUCGAGGCAUGUCCUGCUCGGGCUCAUCCAGGGGGACGGCGAGCGGGGAGAGAGCAGCCAUGGGCCAGGCCUGUCUGGAGCCCCAGAAGAGUCGCUCACUGAAGCGGCCCUCUCGCAUGGCGCCCCCGACGCCGUCAGAGGCCCCACAGGCCAGCAGGGACCCCGCCGCCCAGUGGCAGCCCGGCUCGGCCGCCACGCUCCCACACAGAGAGGGCUCAGAGCUGGCCCAGGCCGCCAAGCUCAGCACCUCCCAGGAGUCCCUGCUGGACUCAAGAGGACAUCUCAAACAGAGCAGCAACCCGUACGCAAAGUCCUACACACUGGUAUAACAGCAGGGGCUCUCGGCUGGGACUAGAACUCACUUUAACACUGGACUUAACACUCAAGUGCAGUAAACGGACUCUCACCACGCAGUUCUGUAUAUACGUCCUUGCCCUCGAAGGUUGGGCUCACUUUUACUAAUCUACUUUUAUUUAUUUGACAACUUUAUUUUCUUUCCUCUUUCUAUUUCUUUUUUUCCACAUGAAAAAACCAUCAGAAAAGACUGCAGCCAAACUAAUGAAGUAAUGAGGGAAUUUGAUUUGAUUGUUGUUCAUUUUUUUAUACUACGAGUGAUUAUUAAUACUGAUAAUACGAUAAGUCGACAUCUAUUGAUAAUCAUUAAAACCGGAUUACCAAUUGGUUCUAUUAAGGCCUGAGAACUUGGACUUGGUUUAGUUUAUUUUUCUGGAGCGGAAGAUGGAAUACGCUGAAACGCUGAAUGAAACCUGGAACAAAAAGAAAUCAUUUCACUUUUCAGCUGCUCUGAAAUUGGUACUUUUUACGAAGAAAAAACAACAUCUAUUUCCUAUGGAUGCAUGGGGGCUGACCAAUAAAAAGACGAUUGCCAUCGCGGCUGGACGGCUCAGCCUAGCAUUUUGUCACACGUAUGAAAUGAUCCAAUGUGAAGAUUUAUUAUUCUUAUUACUAUAAAUAUAUAUAUAUAAAAAGAGAAAUCACUUUUAUUUGUGGAUAUUACAGGGAAGAAUUGAUUUGGUUAAUAUGGUCUUCAAACAUAUCUUGUUUUAAUUAGAAAAUGGCGUCUCUGUCGAUCUUUCUCUGUGUCCCAUUCUCUGAUGGUGCAAUAUGAAAAAAAAAGAAAAGUCUAUCAAAACUAUUGCUCUAUACUGUACUGUAAUGAUGAAAAGUAACUAUGUUGUGAGUGUGCUUACAGGGCUGGACACAUUCCGGCCAUGUAUUCAGGUAGUUUGCCACUGCUUGUGUGCCAGGGUGGUGAGUGACGUUAGGUAGAGCAGGGAGGGUUUCCACAACUAAGGGUUUGCACUUCACAGCGCCCCCCCCCCCAGAUCAAGUGUGUCCAAAAACAGGUGGUCCUCGACUUAUGAUGGUUCGUGGUUACGAACGCGCUCCCGUACAUUCAUUUUGGUCCGUAAACGCAGGACUCGCUGGAGAGCAGCCACACUGAGUAAGAAUGCAGUGUUCCCUCGCUCCAUCGCCGUUCACCUUUCGCAAAUAUUUUUCGUGCAAUUUUAGUACUUUUUUUUUUUUUUACACCGUUACAGGCCGAGCCUGGCCCUUUAAGAAGAAUCGCAUUGCAGGAAGCUGAGUGUUGUUCUGUGCUUCUCUAUUCUCUCUCUUCUGUCUGCACCACCCAUUGUCUUCUGCGUCCUGAUUGGCUGUAGACCAUUGUCAAUCAAUCUCCUUCGUGCCGUCUCCUGUUAAGGUCAUGGCGACCAAACUAGCUAACCGUGUGCGCUGCUUGCUAACCGCCAAUCCUGUAAACAAUAGAAGAAACAGAAGAAGCUAACCGUGUGAGGAAACUACCACAGGCGCGUGUUUUCACAAGAAUACACAAACGCCACAGAGAACGGCCCCAGGGCGACGAGGCACGGUCAGUCCGAGGAGUGAAAUACACGCGAGUCACUUAAUAAUGUCUUGUGUCCAACCUAGUAGCGUGAUCAUUAAAACGCAAAUGAAAUUUGAAGUUUGGGAGUGUUUAAGCAAGAGAGAAAUGUGAGCAAAUGUUAUUGCCUGUCUGAGAAAAGUGUAUAAAGUGUAUGGCGAUGGAUUUUACAGCCUUAAAACAUACAGUAUGUAAUAAUUGUAAAAAAAUAUGGUUGGCUACUUCGCGGAUUUCACUUAUUGCGGGCUGUUUUGGGAACCUAUCCUCCGCGAUAAACGAGGGAACACUGUAGUUAACUUUUUGCACCUCAGUAUGUCGCCCAAGUACGCCAAAGAAAAGGAAAGCCAUCAGCUAAGGAAGUGAAAAUGAACCAUCAUUAAGGAUAAAGAUGAUUGAAUGCCAGAGGGGUCAUGGAGUCAUGGAGAUCCGGGAGGAGAAGACAUGCCCUUCAUGCCUUCUCUGACUUAGGAGUUCAUUUAGGAAUAAGUCCCGAUUUACGCUAAAACUCGCCGUGCAUCACAGUCUCGGAACGGAGCUCGUUGGUAACCCGAGGACCGCCUGAAGAUCCCCCUUCUGUCAGUGCACUAGGACGAGUCCUCAGGGCUCUCACUCGCCUCAGUAGACCUAAUGCUGCUGCAUUAGCAGUAAUGCUCCUCCACAGGGAACACAUGUGAGACAAUCUAGCAGAUCCCCCACCCCCUUCAAACCAAACAUAUAUCUAUGGGAAAUACCAGAAAAAAAUGAUAUAAUAAGAAAAAGAACAUAAGAAAUUGUUACUUUUGGUUUGUUCAAUUCUUUUUGUGGUCUACCCCGGCGUGUUUCUGUUCCUCUGCCGAAGGGAGAAGAAUAUUAGCCAUUCUUCGGCGAGGUCUUUCAUGUCAAUUUCCACAAUUAGUUCUGAUUAACUUUCUGAUGAUUUGUUUUUAACAAUGUCACGUUUUAUUUUUUAACAUUUGGUGUUCACUUUGGUGGCACUGGAAUAAAGAGAAACUAACACAAAGUUGAAAUUUGCUUAAUAAAAUGGCUGUUCCCCAGUGUGUCCCAAGCGAGUUUGACAUGCAUGACCACGGCGAUGCUGACUUUGAGGAUGAUGAUGAUGAUGAUGAUGAUGAUCCGACAACUUUGUAAAGGUUGCCAUGUUGUAAAACUGUACUCAAAAAUAUAAAACAUAAAUGACAUAACAGCAAAUCAAAAGACGAAGGUUAAAGUCAAUAUACUGUAUAUUAAUAUACGGCAAAUACGUAACUACGCCAUAUUUAACCAGCAGCAAGCAACCCAACGAUGGCUAGCAUGCCGCAAGGCAUCAACAUAAACUCUAGAAAAGACAUUUCAAAUUGAGAGAACAUAUCAUAAAGGGACAUCAAAGACAAACGCAACCAUUAUGAUUAGAAUUGGAUGUGGCAAAAGAGAUUUAAACGUGAUGCUCAUGUUGCUGCCCUUCACAUGAAGCACCUCAAUAGAGAUGUGGCAAUUAUCAACGAGUCGUUCAAAAUUUGGGAGGUUUUUUGGGACUAAAUUGGGACUCACGGGUUGACGAAGACUGGAGUUCCCUUACUCGUGGUUGCACGACGAAGGCUCGAAUUUUGCUCAGUCACGAGUUGACAAAGACUUGAGUUUUGCUGACUCGCAGGUUGACGGAGAUUCAAGUUUCACUUACUCAUGGGUACUCGACAAAGACUCGAGUUUCACUGACUCACGGGUUGACAAAGACCUAAGUUUUAUUGACUCACGGGUUGACGAAGAUUCAAGUUUCAAUGACUCAUCGGAAGUCAACAAAGACUCGCGUUUCACUGACUCACAGGUUGACGGGGACUCGAGUUUCACUUACUCGUGGGUACUGGAGGAAGACUUCAUUUCAUUAAUUCACUGUUCCACGACAAAGACUCGGGUUUCACUUACUGUUGGGUACUCGAUAGAUGAAGACUCGAGUUUCACUGACUCACCGGUUGACGGAGACUCAAGUUUUACUUACUCAUGGGUACUGGAUGAAGACUUGAUUUCAUUCAUUCACUGUUCCACUACAAAGACUCAAGUCUAACUGACUCAUGAGUACUAGACAAAGACUUGAGUGUGACUCACGGUGCCAUGACUACAAAGCGCUCCAAAGACUUAAAGCAGAACAAUGAGGAGUGCAAUAAUCA